UUGUGUGUGUGUGUAGUGCUGUGAGUGCGCGUGUGACUGUGUGUCUGUGUGUAGGGCUGUGAGCGUGUGUCUGUGUGUGUGUGUGUGAGAGUGUGUGUAGUGCUGUGAGUGCGUGUGUGGCUGUGUGUCUGUGGGUAGUGCUCUUUGCGGGUGUGUCUGUGUGUAGGGCUGGUAGUGCAUGUGUGCGUCUCUGUGUGUGUGGGGCUGUGUGUGUAGGGGGAGUGUGUGUGUGUGUGAGUGAGUGUGAGAGAUGAACGUGUCGUCCCUGUUCUCCUUCACCAGCCCGGCGGUACGAAGGCUGCUGGGCUGGAGGCAGGGGGAGGAGGAGGAGAAAUGGGCGGAGAAAGCGGUGGAAGCUCUGGUGAAGAAGCUGAAGAAGAAGAAGGGAGCCAUGGAGGACCUCGAGAAGGCUCUCAGUUGCCCGGGGCAACCCAGUCAGUGCGUGACGAUCCCUCGCUCCCUUGACGGGAGGCUGCAAGUGUCUCACCGUAAGGGUCUCCCUCACGUCAUCUACUGCAAGGUGUGGAGGUGGCCCGACCUGCAGUCUCAUCAUGAGCUGAAGGCAAUGUCCUGCUGUGAGUUUCCCUUCGGAUCUAAACAGAAAGAUGUCUGCAUCAACCCCUACCACUACACACGAGUAGACACCCCCAUGCUGCCCCCAGUGUUGGUUCCCAGGAACAACGACCUCGCAGCGAGACCCUGCGUGCUCUCCCGUUUCCACGGCGACAACAACGAGCCGCUGAUGCCCCACAAUGCCACCUACCCAGAAUCCUUUGCUGGCAUGAGCGGGGCACUGGAGGGCUUUGAUCCCUGUUCCCUUGACAACGGUUACCCUGUGUCGCCAGGGGGUGGGUCCUGCAGUAGCCCCGCCCUCCCCUCUCCUCCAAUCAGCUCAGACACCGAGAGCCCAUUUAACUUACCAGCUGACACUCCUCCUCCAGCUUAUGUGCUGGCUGAUGAUUCGCUGAGCCAGGACUGCUCUCAGCCAAUGGAGACCAACUUCCUGUCCAAUUUACCCAACACCAUGGAAACCAACAACAGGCCAGAGGUGCUGCCGGUGGCCUACGAGGAGCCGGUCCACUGGUGCUCCAUAGUUUACUAUGAGCUGAACAACCGUGUGGGAGGGGCCUUCCUGUCCUCCCAGUCCAGUGUCCUGGUGGACGGCUUCACCGACCCCACCAGCUCCCAGAACCGCUUCUGUCUGGGCCUGCUGUCCAACGUCAACCGCAACUCCACCAUCGAGAACACACGCCGACACAUCGGAAAAGGUGUGCACCUGUACUACGUGGGCGGGGAGGUGUAUGCCGAGUGUCUGUCCGGCAGCAGCAUCUUCGUGCAGAGCAGGAACUGCAACCACCACCACGGCUUCCACCCCACCACCGUGUGCAAGAUCCCCAGCGGCUGCAGCCUGAAGAUCUUCAACAACCAGGAGUUCGCCUCGCUGCUCGCCCAGUCCGUCAGCCACGGCUUCGAGGCCGUCUACCAGCUCACCAAGAUGUGCACCAUUAGGAUGAGCUUUGUCAAGGGUUGGGGAGCUGAGUACCACCGGCAGGACGUCACCAGCACCCCCUGCUGGAUCGAGGUGCAUCUGCACGGGCCACUCCAGUGGCUGGACAAAGUAUUGACCCAGAUGGGCUCCCCACACAAUGCUAUAACCUCAGUGUCCUAACACACACACACAAACACACACACAAGCACACGCACACACAAACAUAUACAUACAAACACAGUCAUAUAUUUCCAUACACUCACAUACACUAUAAAUAUAUAUACAGACUCACCAUAUCCAGUGUCUUAACAUAUAUAAAUGUAUAUACGCACAAAUACUUAAUGUGCACCUAGGCCAUGUAUAGAAUGUAACACUAUUAUACUACAGUACACUUUGUUAUACUACAGCUAUCUCCUUUGAAUAUUUCUACCUUUCAAUGAAUUGUUACAAACUGUAUUUUUAGAUAACUUGUGUUUAAUAAAAUUGUAUUUGAUUUUAA